AUGAUUGUGAACGCGGAUCUCGUACUGUCAAGCAGCAUUGACUCGAACCCCUACCUCCACUUCGUGCAGACGUCUGAAACCGUGUCAAGUAGCAGGAGCAUAAGCUCGGACGAGGGAUCGAUUACGACCAGGCCGGUGGAUGGGCAAGGAGAGGCAGGGGUCGGGCUUCAGUUUCGAGAGUGUGCGGAAGGCAUCGCUGUGGUCGCUCUCGUGCAAGGAGGUCCGGCUCACCUCAGCGGAGCUAUAUACGUGGGGGAUGUGAUCAAGAGAAUCGAUGAUGUAGAGCUUGCCGGAAAAGAUAUUCGUCAAGCCGUGCUGCUGCUGUCAGGCAACCGUGGGUCGAAGUGA